AUGUUUCAGAGCAACCUCGCCCACCCUCUCUCCCUUCGGGAGUCCCUGCAGGCCGUCGAGGCGGACAUCCAACACGCCAACUCCCUGUAAUUCCCUCCCUCUCUCUCUCUCUCUCUCUCUCUCUCCCUCUUUCUCUCUCUCUCUCUCUCUCUCCCUCUCUGAUUUCGAUGUGUUUUCUCCAUGGAUUUCUUCAGGGCCGCCGCUAUCCAGAGAGCUCAUGGGGGGGCGUGCCUGCAGAUGAGGCUGGCGUUCACCCCUUUCGCCACGGUGUACCUGUUCUUGCUGGAGUGGCUGGACUGUGCCUGCUCGUAUUCCCUCCCCAGCUAUCUGGGGCUCCUCCAUGUGCUCGUCACCAAGGUGGGCGUUCCUCCCUCCCCCCUUUCUCUCUCUCUCUCUCUUUCGCCCUAUGUGCUAGAAUGGAUUGUUGGAUGGGUAUGAUAGAAUCUGGACAACAUAUCCAUCUCUUCGUUGAUGCGCAUCGUAGAAUUCCGCUGGUGGACGAGUGAGGAUUGAUGGGCGUUUAUCUCUUCUCUCUCUGUCUGUCCCCUCCCCCUGUUUGUUAGUUUGGAUUGCUUAGUGGGUAUGGUGUCGACUCUCUACCUCCCUCUCUCUCUCCUCCCCCCCCCUUUUCUUUCUGUUUAUUAGUUCGGAUUGUUGAAUGGGUAUGAAAGAGUUCCUCUUUUCUCUUCCGCCCCCCCCCCGCCUUCUUUUCUCUGUUUAUUAGUUUGCCCUAUUGAGUGGGUAUCGUGGAAUUUGGGCUCACCUCUCUCGAUCUCUCUCUAUCUACCUGCACACAUUUCUCUUUGCAUUCUUGAUGACUGAAGUUGCCUUCUCUCCUCUCUCUGUCUCCAUCUCUGUCUUUCUCUCUAUCUCUCCCUUCCAUAUAUUUAUUAAUAUGUAGUGUUGAAUGGGUAGCAGUAAUUUUGGAGUCUCUCUCUCCCUCCUCUUUCUAUCUCUUGUGUCUGUGCUGUUGAAUUGGUGUUGACGGAAUCUGUGCACGCAGGUAUACGUCGAGGGGAAGACGAAGGUCUCCUCCUACGAGCGGCAGGCGACCCUCCAAGAAUUCUACGGUCCGCCAUCUCUCCGUAUCUCCUCCUCCUCUCUCUCUAAUCUCUCCCCUUCUCUCUCUCUAAUUCCUGUGGACGCGUUCAGGCACGCUGUACCCGUCUCUGCAGCAGCUGGAGAGCAGCAGCUCGGCGGAGCUGGCGGAGGCGGAGGGGUGGUGCCGGAAGGGGUGGCGGCGGGCGGCGGCGCCGCCGCCGGACAAGGAUGCGGAGAGGGAGAACGAGUGCGGCAUCUGUAUGGAGCCCUGCACCAAGAUGGUCCUCCCCAACUGCAAUCAUGCCAUGUGCAUCAACUGCUAUCACGACUGGUAAACUCUUCCGCCUUCCUCCAUCCUUCGUCUUCAACCUCCGCAAAACCCAAAAUUUCGCCGCCACCAUCGCCUCCUUCGACCUCUGCAAAACCUUAACUUUCGCCAUGAAAUCGCAGGAACACGCGGUCGCAGUCGUGCCCGUUCUGCCGGGGGAGCCUGCGGCGGAUCACCUCGAGGGAUCUGUGGGUCCUUACCGGCGACGGCGACGUGGUCGACGCGGAGACGCUCGCCGAGGACGAUCUCCGCCGCUUUCACCGCUACGUGGACCGCCUGCCACUCGCCAUCCCGGACACCCUCUUCCUCGUCUACUACGAUUACCUUGUCUGA